AUGGCUGACACCACCAAAUACACUCCCAUAUCCACAACCACUACCCCUCCCAACAACUUCCACAAACUCGACUUCAAAAACCUCUUCUCCAUUCUCAAAACCAAAACAACCAUCACUCUCGCUUACACUUUCAUGCUCAUCUUCAUCGCUUUCACUCUCUUCCUAGCUUUUUCCCCUUCCUCCACCACAACUAUUUCCCCAACUCCCACUUUUUCCACUUCCCAAUUCUCUUCCAUUUUCUCUUACUUUUUCCCAAACACCACCACUUCACUAACUCUCAACACAACCAACCCUCUUCAUCCAAUCCAAAACACCACCUCCUUAACUAGAUCCACCAAUGCAACUUCCCAAUCUCAAUCUCCACUUCCCAUUCCAACCACAAACACCACUCUAAUUCCACAAACACAACCAUCUACUGUCACAAAUCACACUUCAAUUUCUGAUGAAACCAACUCAAAUCAUACCACCAAAAAUGCUACUCUUCAAGGACACCCUCCACUUACUCCACACCAGAAUCUAACUUCUAAUUCAUCAUUGAAAGGUGUUGAUUUAAACAACUACACCGCCUCACUUGCUAAGAAGAAGAACAAUGGGAAAAGCAAGUACACAGAGUUCAUGGAAUCUCUGAUGAAUUGUGAUUUUUUUCAUGGUGAAUGGGUAAAAGAUGAUUCUUAUCCUCUUUAUAAACCUGGUUCUUGUUCAAUUAUCGAUGAACAGUUCAAUUGUAUUCGAAAUGGAAGACCUGAUAAGGAUUUUCAGAAAUACAAAUGGAAACCUAAGGCUUGCACCCUCCCAAGGUUGGAUGGACAUAAAUUGCUUGAUUUGUUGAGAGGGAAGAGACUGGUUUUUGUUGGUGAUUCUCUCAAUAGGAAUAUGUGGGAAUCACUUAUUUGUAUACUUAAAAAUUCUGUCAAAGAUAAGAAGAAUGUUUAUGAAGCAAAUGGAAGAGUUCAUUUUAGAGGGGAAGCUUCUUAUUCAUUUGUGUUCAAAGAUUAUAACUUCUCUGUGGAGCUUUUUGUGUCGCCGUUCUUGGUUCAAGAGUGGGAAAUGCCGGAUAAAAAUGGGACAAAGAAGGAAACACUUCGUCUUGAUUUAGUUGGUAGAUCUUCUGAUCAAUAUAAAGAUGCAGAUAUCAUUGUCUUUAAUACUGGUCAUUGGUGGACUCAUGAUAAAACUUCUAAAGGGAAGGACUAUUACCAAGAAGGUAGCCAUGUCUAUGAUGAAAUGAAUGUUCUCGAGGCAUUCCGAAGAGCUAUAACAACUUGGGGCAGGUGGGUUGAUACCAAUGUAAAUCCAUCCAAGUCCUUAGUCUUGUUUAGAGGCUAUUCUGCUUCCCAUUUCAGUGGUGGGCAAUGGAAUUCGGGUGGACAAUGUGACCAUGAAACUGCGCCCAUCGAUAACGAAAAGUACCUAACAGAGUACCCUCCUAAGAUGAGGGUAUUGGAGAAGGUGCUUAAGUAUAUGAAAACACCUGUAUCCUACCUGAAUAUCACUAGGAUGACAGAUUUUCGGAAGGACGGUCAUCCCUCAAUAUACCGGAAGCAAAAUCUGUCACCUGAAGAAAGAAAAUCACCAUUGAGAUACCAAGACUGCAGUCAUUGGUGCCUUCCGGGCGUUCCUGAUGCGUGGAAUGAGAUUCUCUAUGCCGAAAUACUAAUGAGAGAGUUCCGAAAUCAGAAUCAGCAGAAGGGUCAUAGGUAA